UGUCCACAGUCAAGACACGGACACUUUCCUCUCUCCAGUAAUUUCAAUUCUCACAGCAGAUUGAAAAGCUUUCUGAUGUGAAAAGCUUUCAAUUCUCAGGAAAAUCGUGAAAAAUGGAGGAUAAGGAGGCCGAAGAACCGCAGAAGAAGCGGCCACGCUCUGACUCUGAUAACUCGAAACGGAUUGAUGCUGCACUUCUCCAGUAUCAGAAUCAGAGACUUGUUCAGCAAUUAGACAUGCAGAAGCAGGAGUUGCUUGAUCUGGAAGUCAAAAUGAAAGAGCUGAGAGAUAAACAAGCUUCUUAUGAUUCAGUGUUGAUUACAAUUAAUAGACUCUGGAAUCAGUUAGAUGGUGAACUAAUCCUUCUGGGAGUACGAGCUGGGGCUGGUAAAACAGCUCUGCACAGUUCUGAUCAAGUUGAUCAAUUACAAGGUCCAAUGCCAUCAUGUCGUGCAGAAGAUAUUUUUCUUUGCAGGCUACUGCAAACAAAUGCAAUUGAAAGCACAGGAAGUGAUGGAGCUAAUGGAUAUAUCAAAGAAGGCCUAGCUCGGCGUCAGGCUUCUACAAGGGCAUUGAUGAAAUUGUUGGAAGAUGCUAUUGAAGCUCAGAGAGCUAAAAUAGAGAACAUAUCGCAGGCUUUUCAUGGAAAAUCAUCUGCAGAAGAUUUUGUGCUCAUACUGGGAAAGAUUGAUGCUUUAAUGAAAGAGGAAGUUGAUAAUCUGCACAAGGUGAUGGAUAUCCUUCAUUUGAAGCAUAAAGAAUAUGCUGAUGAGAUCCAGACCUGUAUUGAGAACAACUCAGUUGAUCAAUCAGAGAUAAAGAGACUUAAUGGUGAGCUGGAAGAAAGCACGGCAGAACUUGAGGAGAGUAGAAGAAAGCUUGUGAAUCUGAGAAUGCAGAAAGAGGGGCCUUCUGCAGUACAAUCCCCCAUAUCAGUUGUUGCAAAUGGAACUGCGUCUCCUGAAAAACCUGCAGACAGGGCCAAACGUUUACGAGGACUGAAGGAUUCGAUUGAGGAGACAAAGGUACUUGCAGAGGAUCGUCUUGCCGAGGUUCAAGAGAUGCAGGAAGACAAUCUCAGCUUGUUAAAGCAGUUGCAGGACCUUCAGAAUGAACUGAAGGAUGAUAAAUAUGUGUAUUCUUCUCGUCCUUACACCUUACUGAAUGAUCAGCUCCAGCACUUGAAUUCUGAAGCCGAUCGGUACAAAGUGCUUGCAGAAUCAGUGCAGGCUGAGAGAUCUUUGAUAAUCCGAAGGGAGAAGGAACUUUCUGUAAAAGCAGAAUCUGCGGAGGCUGCAAGAAAGGGGGUUGAGAACUUAGAAGCCAAGAUUGAGGAGUUAGAGAAUCAACUUCAUAAGUCGAUUGUUGAGAAAAAUGAGCUGGAGGUUAAGAUGGAAGAAGCUUUGCAGGAUACAGGUAGAAAAGAUGUUAAAGAAGAGUUUCAGAUUAUGGCUUCUGCUUUAUCAAAGGAAAUGGGAAUGAUGGAAGCUCAAUUGAAUCGGUGGAAGGAGACAGCCGAAGAGUCCCUUUCCUUGCACGAAGAAGUCCAGUCGCUGAAAGCUUUGGUGGACAGUAAGACUACCGAAGAGAAAGACUUGGCUGAUAGAUGUGCACAUCAAAUGGGAGUGAUCAAGUCUUUGAAGGCAUACAUUGAGAAGAUGCAAAAGGAAAAAGAAGAGCUACAAAUAUUUGUGGACAUGCUUGGUCAGCAAAUAUAUGACAAUAGAGAUGUGAAGGAAAUUAAAGAGUCGGAGCAAAGAGCGCAUGCUCAAGUUAAAAUUUUGAGAAAUACUUUAGACGAACACGGCCUUGAAUUGAGAGUGAAGGCUGCUAAGGAAGCUGAGGCAGCUUGUGAGGAAAGGCUUGCUGCUGCUGAAGCCGAGAAAGCUUCUUUGAGGGAUGAAGUAGAUGCCUGUGACAGGGAUGUUUUAAAGCUUCAAGAGGCUAUCAAACUAAAAGAAGCUGAGGCAGAAGCAUAUAUUUCUGAAAUUGAGACUAUUGGUCAAGCAUAUGAAGAUAUGCAGAUGCAGAACCAGCGUCUCUUACAGCAGGUGACUGAAAGGGAUGAUUACAAUAUUAAGCUGGUAUCUGAGAGUGUGAACUCAAAGCAGGCACACAAUUUGUUAUUGUCUGAGAAGCAAGCAUUAAGCAAGCAACUUCAUCGAGCUAACGCAAUGCUGGACUCUCUGAAAUUGAGAAUUACUCAAUGUGAAGAGCAGGUCAAAGUUCAUCUGAUGGAAGCUUCAAGGUACAUAGAAGAAGAUAGACAGCUUGCAGCAGACCUAGAAACUUCAAAAAGGGAACUAGUGGAUGCUGAGAAGGAAGUUAAAUGGCUGAAAUCUGCUGUUGCAUCAUCUGAAAAGGAAAAUGAGCAGAUUGAACGAAAGAAGGCUGAACUUCUAUUGGAAUUGGAGAGUGAGAGAGAAGCAAGGAAGAAGAUUCAGGAAGAGAUUGCCACAUGGAACAAAUCUAUCGAUGAGAUGACUUCUGAGAACGAGGAGGCUGAAAUUCUGAGACUUCAGGAUGAAAUUAAGGAGUGCAAAGCUAUUCUCAAGUGCGGGGUGUGUUUUGAUCGUCCUAAGGAGGUUCUUAUUGCCAAGUGUUAUCAUCUAUUUUGCAAUCCAUGCAUCCAAAGAAAUCUAGAGAUCCGCCAUCGAAAGUGUCCAGCUUGUGGAAUGGCAUUUGGGCAAAGCGAUGUUAAAUUUGUAAAGAUUUGAAGGCACGUAGUUAAGAUGUCUAAAAUAGAACUCAGUUUUCAAGUGGAAACCUUGAGAUAAUAUGUAAUUUUGUGGAGGACUGCAUCCCCAGGAGAAGCUAUUUAGAUUACAGAAACUCUCGGUCUAAAUUCUCUCC